GAAGCGGGGGCCCCGGCCGAGGGCGCGGCGGGGCUGCGCGCACGCUGGGGCGCGUGGAGGGGCGCGGAGGGCGAUAUGAGUCUGGUGGGGGGCUUCCCCCACCACCCGGUGGUGCACCAUGAGGGCUAUCCGUUCGCCGCCGCCGCCGCCGCCGCCGCCGCCGCCGCGGCCAGCCGCUGCAGCCACGAGGAGAACCCCUACUUCCAUGGCUGGCUCAUCGGCCACCCCGAGAUGUCGCCCCCCGACUACAGCAUGGCCCUGUCCUACAGCCCCGAGUACGCCAGCGGCGCGGCCGGCCUGGACCACUCCCAUUACGGGGGGGUGCCGCCGGGCGCCGGGCCCCCGGGCCUAGGGGGGCCGCGCCCGGUGAAGCGCCGGGGCACCGCUAACCGCAAGGAGAGGCGCAGGACUCAGAGCAUCAACAGCGCCUUCGCCGAACUGCGCGAGUGUAUCCCCAACGUGCCCGCCGACACCAAACUCUCCAAGAUCAAGACGCUGCGCCUGGCCACCAGCUACAUCGCCUACCUCAUGGACCUGCUGGCCAAGGACGACCAGAAUGGCGAGGCGGAGGCCUUCAAGGCGGAGAUCAAGAAGACAGAUGUGAAAGAGGAGAAGAGGAAGAAGGAGCUGAACGAAAUCUUGAAAAGCACAGUAAGCAGCAACGACAAGAAAACGAAAGGCCGGACGGGCUGGCCACAGCACGUCUGGGCCCUGGAGCUCAAGCAAUGAGGAGGAGGAGGAGGAGGAGGAGGAG